AUUUGUUUUGUUAAUAGUUACGUCAACGAUUUUUAUUUUUAUUUAUGUUACCUUUUUAACGAUUUUUUAUCAUUAUUGUUAUUUUUGUAUAAAUACGCUGUUAAUUGUUUGUUUGGUUUGAAUUUUUUAUUCUCAAAUUGUUAACCUAAUCAUGAAGCGUGUCAUUCUGGUUCGGACUUGUGGUAGUCUCACUUUAAAUGUGACCCCAGCUUCUAGUCCAGAUAAAAUGAAAAAAUCGAUCAAUUCAGCUUUUAAAAAAUGGUAUGAUACAAUUAAAAAAGUUCCUUUCCAAUUGAUACAAUCUGAUUACGUUCUGGAUGGUUCUUGUGGUCCUAAAGAAACAUUGGGUUCUUUAUAUAAAUACAUCAAGGAUUCUGAUUAUUCUGAAAUUGAGGGUGUAAAAAUGUCAGCUGCAACCAAGGCUACAAUGUUUGAGAAAUUGUUUGCUAAAAGAUUGGCAGAACUUUCUCCAGUUCAAUUGACAUUUAACCUUGAUGUGGAUGAUGGUGGUGGUGAGAAAACUGGUAAUAGCGUAAAUGUUAGUGAGACUAAAGUUUUGCUCAUUGAUUAUGCUUCAGAGAAGGAGUUAAAGUUUAAUAUAAAUAUUGAUUUGGUUGAUGAGUUUGCAGAGGACACAGGACUCAAGGGCUUACCUAAAGUUUUAACUACCUCCUUGCGACGUCAAAUUGAAGAGAUGAGAGCCUGUGUUCAAGUCUUUUUUGAUUUAGACACUAAUAAGAUUCAUUUGCCCAAGGCUUAUCAUUUUCGUCUCAAGGAUCAUUCACCCAAUUUAUUGACUCUCAUUUAUCCUGCCUCAUUGUCUGACUCUGAAUUGAUUGACUAUAGACGGAAACUUCAUGAAAAAUUGGCAUUGCCCUUAGAUCGCCCUUAUAUCCGUAAAGCUAAUUCACUCAAGCUUGAUGAAAACAGUUAUAAAAGCCGUUAUUUAAUCAACCCACACGUUACUGUUCCUUCGUCUGGAUUAGAAUCUGGUAAAGUUACAGCUGUUCAAGGAAAUUAUGCUUAUCACCACUACAUGCAGGAUGGAUUUAACGAUGUUGGUUGGGGUUGUGCGUAUAGAUCUUUACAAACAAUAAUCUCCUGGUUCAUGUUACAAGGUUACAUUGAAAUAGAUAGAGUUCCAACACACAAGGAAAUUCAAGAAGCCUUGGUUGCAUGUGGAGAUAAAGAGGUCAACUUUAUUGGUAAAGAAAAGUGGAUUGGAUCUCAAGAAGUCUCAUACGUAUUAAGUCAGCUGUAUAACAUUUCUUCUAAAAUAAUGUUUGUCAAUUCAGGUCGAGAAUUGGGUUCAAAGGGGAGUGAGUUGAAACAUCACUUCGAAACUAAUGGUACACCUAUCAUGAUUGGUGGUGGAGUUUUGGCUCAUACAAUUCUUGGUAUAGACUUUGAUGAGAAUUCAGGUCAACUCAACUUUCUAGUGUUAGAUCCUCACUACACUGGCCCAGAGGAUUUGUCUUCAAUCAUUAAAAAGGGUUGGUGUAACUGGAAGUCACCUGAUUUUUGGGAUCCAAGUGCUUUCUAUAACCUCUGUAUGCCCCAAAAACCUCAAGUUUUUUGAUCCAUUCGAGCUUAUGGUUAAAUUUAAAUGCUGUUUUAAUUAUAAUUUAUUAAACUUUAUGGAACAGUUUGUUUUUUUGGUUAAA